CGCCGCCCGCGCGGGGCAGAGCCGGGUUGCGCGGAGGGACAGCGGGCGGGACGGGGCGUGCAGUGCGGGACAGCGCCAUGAGGGAGAUCGUGCACAUCCAGGCGGGCCAGUGCGGCAACCAGAUCGGGACCAAGUUUUGGGAAGUGAUAAGUGAUGAGCAUGGCAUUGACCCAGCCGGAGGCUAUGUCGGUGACUCAGCGCUGCAGCUGGAAAGGAUCAAUGUCUACUAUAACGAAUCAUCUUCCCAGAAAUUCGUGCCAAGAGCAGUCUUGGUGGACUUGGAGCCGGGCACCAUGGAUAGUGUGCGAUCUGGUCCUUUUGGUCAGCUCUUUCGGCCUGAUAAUUUCAUCUUUGGACAAACUGGUGCAGGAAACAACUGGGCCAAAGGACACUAUACUGAAGGGGCAGAGCUGGUUGAUUCUGUACUUGACGUAGUGAGAAAAGAGUGCGAACACUGCGAUUGCUUGCAAGGAUUUCAGCUCACUCAUUCCCUGGGAGGAGGGACAGGGUCUGGCAUGGGAACCCUGCUCAUCAGCAAAAUACGAGAGGAAUAUCCUGACAGGAUAAUGAAUACCUUUAGUGUCAUGCCCUCUCCAAAGGUUUCUGAUACAGUGGUGGAGCCUUAUAAUGCCACACUCUCGGUCCACCAGCUGGUUGAAAAUACAGAUGAAACCUACUGCAUUGACAAUGAAGCUUUGUAUGACAUUUGCUUCCGCACCCUGAAGCUCACCACUCCAACAUAUGGUGAUUUAAACCACUUGGUUUCUGCUACCAUGAGUGGGGUAACUACAUCGCUGCGUUUUCCUGGCCAACUCAAUGCUGAUCUCCGGAAGCUGGCAGUAAAUAUGGUCCCAUUCCCACGCCUUCACUUUUUCAUGCCAGGCUUUGCUCCUUUGACAGCCCGAGGCAGCCAGCAGUACCGAGCACUCACUGUUCCAGAGCUCACCCAGCAGAUGUUCGAUGCCAAAAACAUGAUGGCAGCCUGUGACCCGAGGCAUGGGAGAUACCUGACAGUGGCUACUGUCUUCCGUGGCCCCAUGUCAAUGAAGGAGGUUGAUGAGCAGAUGUUGGCCAUCCAGAACAAGAACAGCAGUUACUUUGUGGAGUGGAUCCCAAACAAUGUUAAGGUGGCAGUGUGUGACAUACCGCCUCGUGGCCUCAAGAUGGCUUCCACAUUCAUUGGCAACAGUACAGCCAUUCAAGAGCUCUUCAAAAGGAUAUCUGAGCAAUUUUCAGCCAUGUUCAGGAGAAAGGCCUUCCUCCACUGGUUCACAGGAGAAGGAAUGGAUGAAAUGGAAUUUACGGAAGCAGAAAGCAACAUGAAUGAUCUGGUGUCAGAGUAUCAGCAAUACCAGGAAGCUACAGCAAAUGAUGGAGAAGAAGCAUUUGAAGAUGAGGAAGAAGAGAUCAAUGAAUAAAGAAAUUAGGUAUGCUAUUUUCCAGGCCAAAUUCUCACCUCUGGAUUUCUAAUAAUUAGGCUUAUAAAUCUGUAUUUAGGCUUCAAAAUGAGGGGGGGGAGGAGAGAAAAGGGAGCACAACUCAGAUAUCAGAGCUGCUCUUCAGAGUCCAUUGAGGUCACUGGGAACUGAGGACGUUCUGCAUUUCUGAAAAUCAAGCUAUUUCUAUUCAUGAGACAAAUGUAAGGCAUUCAUGUAAGACUUUAGUCUAAGAGUCUGAACACAGAAAUUGGUAGGUUGGGAUCUUUUAUUCCAAACAAACUCGUUUUCCAUAUUUUACAAAAAAAAAGAAGUAAUGCAGGCAUGAAAAUCUACAAAACAGAACUGCACUAUUUUCAUCCAAUUAUGAGUAAGAAAAUCUUGUGGGUUUGAAGUAUUCAUUCUGUACUGAGUAUACAAUACUGAACUGCCAGGAACAAGAAUUUAUUGAUUAAAAAAAAAGAACAAAAAGUUAUUAACUGUUCUGUACAGUAACUAUUAAAGAUGGCGUUUGAUUCAAA